AUGAGGAUGUACCUGCAGGGAUACCACUUCGAUGUCAUCACUGACCACCAAGCUCUUAAAUGGCUUAACUCGAUCGAGAGCCCUUCAGGACGGAUUGCCAGAUGGGCAUUGGUAAUGCAGCCAUACUCAUUCGAGGUACGCUAUCGCCAAGGCAACCUUAACGUCGUGGCAGACGCAUUAUCCAAAAUGCUCGAGGAAGAAGUACACGGAGCCGAGAUAGAAGAAGAAGUACACGGAGCCGAGAUAGAAGAAGUACACGGAGCCGAAAUUGAGGAAGACGAGUGGAUGAAACAGAAACUCCUUGCAAUAGGAAAAGAUCCAGAAACAUGGACAGAUUACGCGAUAUGCGAUCAUUUUUCUGUUUGUGACGAUGUAACUGUUACUGUUGACGUUCGACGAUUAGAAAUAGAAGACACGGAUAAGACUGUCACGGACUCUCUAAAUAGAGCUCGUCGUUGGUUGAUGUAUGCAGAUUGGCAAAAAGCUUUUUUAUUAUUGUAUCAAGUAGCGAAGUUAAUCAAGUCAAAAGAACGACUUAUCCACUUUAUUCAAACACUUUAUGUAUACCAACCACAAACAACAGUGCAACUUGCUCACCUAGUGCGACUCACAAAACGAGUAGUCCUUUCCCUAGAACCACUUGAUGACAUGGACGUAAAUGUUGUGGCAAGAAUGCUUCAUUUAAUUUCUUCUACAUUUAAGUUUAUAAUCGGUGGUAAUGAACUUAAUACUUUAAUGGACAAUUAUUAUGAAACAAUGGUAAAUGAGGUAUGCGAUAUUCUCAACAAAUUUAAUGCUGAGUGGGAGUACAUACCGAAAUCUCAAUGUCGGGCAGAGUCUGAAUCCUGUCUGAACAUUGAUAAUUUCAGAAAUAGGCUGGAACAAAUGUCCACGCUUCGACCACAAGGCUUGGAACAUAUAAACAAUUGGUUGCACGCUCAUUGGAAAUUAAGUAGUUGUUUGUUUUACAUGGGAAUGGGAACUGCUAGGCGCCUUCAUCCUGAGGAAGGGCCAAAAUUAAUUGAGCGUUCAACUUUUAACAUGCGAAUGGAAAGUUUUGAUCUAGAUCAAGAAAAAAACAUUGAAUUUGAAUCUGCUGACUUAAUGCACACGCUCGUUUUUACUGAUAAACUUAUUGAAGAGCUAAGGCUUCGACUUCGCACUGACGAAGUUCUUAUAUCCGUUCGAAGUCAUAAACAAAGUCAAUAUUGGUGGUAUCCUGAACAAGAGUCACAAACACAAGUACUUGUGGUUAAUGCUUAUACAAAAAAUAAUAUUUGGAAAAAGGGUGAAGAGAUUUCUGAACCAUUUCAAUAUAUCUCCAAACUUAAAAUGAAUUUUUCGGCUGGUGAUCCUGUAAAUGAAGAGCAGUCUUCUCAAUCUUUUCCACGUGGUAUUGACUUUGACGAUCCUGAGGAAGAUGUAGAAAACAUUAUACAUGAUAAUGUGUAUUCUCCAUUUGAAGUUCGUAUGUAUCGAACCGAGUUAUAUGGGCAUUCAGUUCUUGGUGUUACUUUUACUCAAGCGGAUAUAGACUACUGUGUCUUAAUUCGCAUGAGCAUUAUACCUAAAUUGGUUGAUAUAGAAAGUCAAAGCUCUACCUGUCGAGUGAGAACUGGAGUUUUACAGCCAACUACUAUUUUGUUAAGGAAUCGCUGUGAUAAAUCACGACCAGUUUAUAUAUAUAUUCGCGCUUCUAAUCCAUCUGAGCCUUGGGAUACUUUUUAUGAAUCAGGAGCAUUUUUUGCGUUUUCUACUGAAAUACGAAGCUGCCGAAUUUGGAACUAUGCUAGACCCGAGCCUAGCUGGCAAAAUUUGGCAUGUAUGCCGGAAAUGAACAAAAGUAUAUACUUUGGUAUACAUUGCCGUUGUAAUUUUAUUAGUGACUUUGAUGCAGAUGCUAUGCCUAUAAUUGCAGUGCCAAUGAAUCUAAAAUGUCACCUGGAACGACCAGUAGUGAACCAAAAUUACCAAAUGAUCAUUUUUUUAUUCUCUUUAUCUGUAUUUGGAGUAAUAUAUAUUUUUUUUAAUAUGAAAAGCAUUUCCGACUGGGAUAAACGAUUAUACGUUGAAAGAUAUCCAAACAGAGUCGCUUGCUGUCGCGGAGAUCUUGUUCUAAGGUUUACUUUUGGGGGAAGAUAUAACGCUGGUACAUCAGCAAACAUUAUACUUUCUUUUAAAUAUUCAACCCAAAUUUCGCACUUUAUAGUAUAUCAAGAUCCUGUUUUUCGAACUUUUCAAAGGAACAGUACAAUAUCUUUCCGCCUAGAUCGACAGCUUAUCCGAUUACCAACUGGUCUUGCAAUCGGACAUGACAACUCUGGAAUAUAUCCACAUUUUUUUUGUAGAAAUGUCAUUAUAGCCGAUAUACUAACUGAAAAGGUGCAAAACUUUUCGGUUCAGAACUGGGUACGACGAUUUAGAUCAGUUACAACUUAUAAAAUGGCUAAUAUAUUUAGCCGCGCAACAACAAUUGAAAAAAGUGUGUAUCAAUGGAAGGUUCGAUUUUCACAUGCUAUGGAAAGCUAUAUGGGGAACUGGUAUUUAUUUCAACCAAUAAUUGGACCAUGGCGUUUUGGAACUGACAGGUGCGCUUUUUGUAGCUGGGAAAGAAGCUGCAUAUUUAUAUCUAAACUAUUUAUUUCUAUAUGCGUUGUAGUUAUAUUUUUUGGACACAGUGUACCGAUAGCUUGCGACCCUAGCCCAAAAAAAUACAACGAUGUCGAUGUAGUCAUUAGGCUUUGCUUAAUAUGUUUUAUAGUUAGUUGUUUUGUACAGGCAUCUUUGGAAAUAAUUUUUAAAAUUAUUGCAGCUUAUGACUUUACUUAA